UGCGUUCUGCUCGUCUUCUCUCCUAUAGUGUUAAACCCCUUAAACCCUAGCAAAAUCUCAGAGCCGGCGACAGAAGCAAACAGAGAGAGAGAGAGAGAGACGAUGGAGAUAGACGAAGGCACAGAAGACAGGCAAGUCCAGGUGCGCUUCGUGACGAAGCUUCAGGACAUCCCCUUCAAAGUUCCCAACACCACCAUUCCCGCCAGCUAUUCCCGCCUGGACCUCUCCAAAGUCGUCAACGCUCUCAUCCAAACCGAAAAUCCUGAGUGGGAAUCGGAGCCCUUUGAUUUUCUGAUCAAUGGCGUAUUGGUUCGGAUGUCGCUUGGACAGUUCCUUCUUGCUAAGGGCAUUUCCGCGGAGAAAACAUUGGAAAUCGAAUAUAUACGGGCGAUUGUCCCACGCAAAGAAGAAGAGCCUUGUUUACAUAAUGACUGGGUCAGUGCUGUUGACGGUUCCAGUCCCAGGUUCAUUUUGACAGGGUGCUAUGAUGGAUUGGGAAGGGUAUGGACAGCUUCUGGAACAUGUACACAUAUAUUGCAAGGACACAGUGAACCAGUUACUUCUGUUAGUGUUAUCAGUGCAGAAGGGGGAGAAAGUUGUCGCGUAGCUACUGCUUCGAAAGAUCGCACACUGAGGCUAUGGAAGUUCAAUACAGAAGAGCCAACAAACAAUGCUUUGAGGACAACAGCAUAUAAAAUUUUGCGUGGGCACGGAGCGGCUGUUCAAAGUGUCGCCGCCCAUACAUCCGGAGAAAUGGUCUGUUCAGGCUCAUGGGAUUCCACAAUCAAAUUAUGGCAGACAGAUGAGCCUGAUAUAGAAGUUGAUGUGUCAGUUAAGAAGAGGAAAAGUGAUGAAGCUAAGGAAUCUCAAUUGGAGGCGGAGGCAGUUUCUUCUCUGGUGGGCCAUACACAAUGCGUGUCUUCUGUAAAGUGGCCUCAGCGUGACAUAAUCUACUCAGCCUCGUGGGACCAUUCUAUUAGAAGAUGGGAUAUCGAGAGUGGCAAAGACAUAUUGAACAUACCCUGCAGCAAAGCUCUAAAUUGUCUUGAUAUUGGUGGUGAAGGUUCUGCACUUGUUGCUGGUGGUGGUUCUGACCCCAUUCUUAGGAUAUGGGAUCCUCGUAAACCAGGAACUUCUGCUCCGGUCGGUCAAUUUUCAUCUCACACUUCUUGGAUUACGGCAUGCAAGUGGCAUGAGAGUUCUUGGUUUCAUGUACUAUCAGCAUCCUAUGACGGCAAAGUCAUGCUAUGGGAUAUGAGAACUACUUGGCCCUUAUUUGUCAUUGAUUCACAUAAAGACAGCAAGGUACUAUGUGUGGACUGGUGGAAAGGUGAUAGUGUGGUUAGUGGUGGGGCGGAUACAAAGCUUUGCAUCAGUUCCGGCGUUUCUGUGCGUUGAGUUAAAUUUUGAAGAUGGAAGUACCUGCACUUGGAGCUGCACAUCUUGAGCCCUCUCAUUUUCUAAAAAUGGUUGCGAGAUGGAAUCUGUGUCAAGGGCGCCGGAGAAUCCAGUCUGCCGAGCUCAUUUUCACGCCGACUCCCCAAGAGUUUACCAAACUGCAUCAAACCUAUAUUUAUUUUAUACCAAUUAUGGAGACCUAUCUAUUUGUUCAGUAGGCUCGGGUGUAAAAUUUCAUCACAUUUUAUCAAUCUACAAUUUUGCUCUGUGUUUUCUUUUU